CAAGACCAACAACAUAAUAAAAUCCUUAUGACGUUUACAAUGCUUUAUAUUAAAACCCAUCAGUUUGAUCUGUAUCUUAACAAAGCCUACAAGACCUCCUCCUGCAACCAGAACCAGAAAGAAAGGAAGAAGAAGAGGAAGAAACUCUGAAUUCUUCUUCUUCCUUCCUCUUCAUUUUGAUAUCAUAAAUAUGGGUUCUCAGAUUUCUAAGCAGCGGGACCGAAGAAAGUGCAUCUCAACAGAGAAGAAGACUCUUUGUGAUCUAAAAGGAAGCUGUGGUCAAGAUUUCCCUGGUUCUGAGUACAGGCCUUCAGACAGAAAGAAUUGGAUGGCUGGUCUGAACCCAGAAAAAGUUCAUAUCAACAAGAUUGUAUGGCCAGGAACCCAUGAUUCUGCAACCAAUAAGAUUGGUUUUCCAUGCAUAACCAGGCCAUUUGCUCAAUGCCAAUCUUUGUCCAUCUACCAACAGCUGGUCAGGGGCGCCAGGGUCCUUGACAUAAGAAUUCAGGAGGAUCGUCGUGUCUGCCAUGGAAUCCUUCUUACAUACAGCGUUGACGUUGUCAUCAAUGAUGUCAAGAAGUUCUUGUCAGAAACACAAUCAGAGAUCAUAAUCCUCGAGAUUCGAACUGAAUUCGGGCACGAAGACCCUCCGGAUUUCGACAAGUAUUUGGAAGAACGACUCGGGGAGUUCCUCAUCCACCAGGAUGAUCAUGUCUUUGGGAAGACAAUUGCUGAAUUGUUGCCAAAGAGAGUUAUAUGCAUAUGGAAACCGAGGAAGUCUCCUCAGCCUAAAGCAGGGGGACCCUUAUGGGGUUCAGGGCAUUUGAAAGACAAUUGGAUCGAUACAGAUUUGCCAUCGACGAAAUUCGAUAGCAAUCUGAAGCAUUUGAGCGAGCAAGCUGCAGUUUCAUCAAGGAAAUUCUUUUACAGGGUAGAGAAUACAGUGACACCACAGGCUGAUAACCCAGUACUGUGUGUUAAACCUGUGACAAAUCGUAUUCAUGGAUAUGCAAGAUUGUUCAUAACUCAGUGUUUCUCUAAAGGCUGUGCUGAUAGGCUGCAGAUAUUAUCCACAGACUUUAUUGAUGAGGAUUUUGUUGAUGCGUGUGUUGGACUCACUUAUGCAAGGGUUGAAGGGAAAGCAUGAUUGUGUUUUUCGUUCUGUGCAGUUUUUUUCACAUUUUGUCCUUGUUUCAAUAGAUCAUUUUCCCACUGCAUAAUUCAGUCUGUUUCUCUCGUCUUUGUGACAAAUUUCUGCAUAUGAGUCAGAUUAUGGUGUCUGGUUUCCGAUUCGUUCGUUUGUACGUUUAUUGUUUGUAAUGUGAUGUAUGAAGGAUUGUAAAUUGCUUGUUUUUGUAUAAAAUCUAUGUUUUGGAGUUUGAUUAGCAAAA